AUGUCCCGCACUCGGCAGUACGUCGUUAAACUGUGGAACUCGCCGCUGCAGGAGGCCGGCAACUUGGAUGGCCUUGAAAGAGGGAUGGAUCCCGCGCGCUUUGGAGAGGUCCCCGCGCCCUGCGCCUUCCUCGCCGGGCGGCGGCCUGAGCUCUGCCCUUCUGAAGAAGAGGGGAGAGAGACCCGGAGUUGCCAUGGGCGCUUGGAGUCGCCCUACGUGGCUGCUGUUCCUCGUCUUCGUUCUGCAGAGGGUCGCGGCGGCGCCUUCCCAGGAUACACCCAGACUGUGACUUGCCCUGCGAACCUCACGGACUGCAAAAAGAUCCUGUGCCAAGACGACUACUACCUGAACGAAGCCCACGUCACGCCCCGUUGCGAGGCUUGUAAGCAGUGCCUGCCAGACCGCCACCUAGUAGAAAAACGUCCCUGCACCAGCCGUUCCAACCGGGAGUGCCAAUGCCAGCCUGCCUGGUACUGUAAGGAGCCGUCGACGGGCACCUGUAUUACCUGCGUCCCGCUGACCACUUGCAAGCCGGGCUCUGGGGUCAAGACCAAAGGUACCUCCGACACAGAUACCGUCUGUGAGGAAUGCCCUCCAGGUACUUUCUCUGAUGAAGAUUCCAGCACCCAAACCUGCAAGCCUCGCACUGACUGUGCCAAGUUAAACAAUGUCCCUCUGGGUAAAGGGGCAACCACACAGGACAAACGCUGCCUGGACCACUCGCCUGGGCAGUCAACGCUGCCGGUGGGCGCGGCUGCCGUUCUCCUGGACCCCUCGCCUGCCAGCGUCCUCAGCACAACCGUCGGUGAAGGCAGGGGCGAAUUCAACUCCACCCACAUCUUGCCUGUGAAGAAACCGAACAGAGGGGAGACUGAUUUCGCCCUCUUGGUUGCUGUCCUCCUCUCCGUGUUGGUCCUGUUUGCCGGCUUGGUGAUGUUCUGGCGGAGGAGGUUUUGCAAGGCGUGGAUCGUCCCCCAUGCAGCGAAGAGCGAGCUGACCUUCUUCCGCAGGAAAUCUAUGCUCAAUCUUCAAGCCUCUAACCCAGCGAAGAUUUGCGAAGAGAGGACCAAUGGGCCGGACUCCGAAGGGCAUGGAUCAGGAGAGGGGGACCAGCUGAAUCCCGAACCCCUCACAGAAGCCACUGACGGCAUCUCCUCCGUCUUGGAAAUGGAAAACACUCCUGACCUUGGUCCUGAUGGUGCCGAGCUGCUUCAGAUGGAUGGAGGGACGUUUGUGGAGCCCCCCCUGCACAACCACACGAGUAACCACAUCGAGAAAAUAUACAUUAUGAGAGCUGACACGGUGAUCGUGGGGGGCGUUUCGGAAGUGCCUUCCGGGAAGAUGUGCCUUGCCAAGGAGGAAGAUGGAGGCUCUGAGAGCCAGGAGAACGUAGAGGGGAAGGAACUGGCCAUGCACUAUCCGGAACAGGAAACGGAAUUCCACCCAGGAAGUGACAUCACAACUCCCGUGGAGGAAGAGUGGGAAUUCCACAAUUCCUGUGAAAAGGCUUUGGCCAUCUAGCUGGAAAAUGACGGGUGCGCUUAUAAUA